AUGGCCUGCCCGCUGGGCCUACAAGUCAGUCAGCGGGCUUCAGAAGCCAGAAAGGGGAAGUGUCCCGUUUUUUUUCUGGAUAGACUUGUUGGUUGCCCGUCCAUCUCGCCUUCCCGCCCGCCCUCCCUCCUGCAGCAACACCGAUAUUCCCUCCAGCUGCUCUGACACUGCAGCCGAUCGAUCCCGCCGAGCACACUCCUGCUGUAUGAACCUCGAGCUCGGCACCGCCAUGGAUGGACCCAGCGCUGUGCUCCAUCGCCAGAGCCGUCUGCGCUACUGCCUUGGCCAGUGGAAGCCCAGGGCGACUCUCUCCUGCUUGUUUGCCUGCACUGUCGGGUUUCUGUUGCUGGGCCUGAUCACGCUGAGCCCGAUCCCGACGCUAGCGCAUGCGGGCUCUCAGUUCCAGCCGCGGCUUUCGUCUCGGCUGACGUCCAAGCAGCUUGCCGCGGUCGUUGUCGACUAUCAUCUCGAAUCGUCGCUGUCGCUUGACUUUCUCAAGGCCGGCGGCACCGCCGAGAGCCACCUGGAUUCGAGCCUAGCUCCGUUUCUGACGCCGCGGGUAUCGGGCACCCCGGAAAACAAGAAGGUGCAAGAGUACAUCAUUCAGACCUUCCGGGGCCUUGGCUGGGACGUCGAAACAGACUCCUUCAACGCAUCGACGCCGUAUGGACACAAAUCCUUCACCAACAUCGUCGUCACCCAGAACCCGCGGGCGCUCUCUCGGCUGGUGCUGGCUGCCCACUUUGACUCCAAAUACUUCAAGGAUUUUGACUUUGUCGGAGCGACAGACUCGUCAGUGCCGUGUGCCAUCCUGGUCGACAUUGCCAAGACACUGGACCCGCUGUUGCAUGAACUGGACGACCAUCUCAGCCGCGCCGACCAGGAGACCCAGAACGACAUGCCCAGCCUGCAGUUUGUCUUUUUCGAUGGAGAGGAGGCCUUCAAGGACUGGACAGCGACCGACUCGCUCUACGGAUCUCGCCACCUGGCCAGUAAAUGGGAACAGGAGUAUUUUGUCGGCGCAGGCGGCUCGAGCUACAGCACACUCUCUCGCAUCGAGCUCUUCGUGCUACUGGAUCUGCUUGGAGCGCCCGAGCCGACCAUCUUCAACACCAACGGCCAGACGGCUUGGGCCUUUGAGCGGCUGGUCGACAUCCAGAAGCGACUCAUUGCCGAGGGCCAUGCCUCCAACAAGCUCGUAACUCAGGCGAAGCGAAACGGCCAUGGCUACUUUAUGAGCGGCAUGAAACACUGGCAGUCCCGCAACUCCAUCCAGGACGAUCACCUCCCAUUUCAGACCCGAGGCGUAUCCAUCGUCCACCUGAUCACCCAGCCGUUCCCGCCUGGCUGGCACACGGUCCACGAUGACGCAAAGCAUCUCGACGCCGAUGUGAUCCUUGACUUUGCCAGGAUCUUCAGGGUCUUUGUGGCUGAGUACAUCGGGCUCACAGGACACUGAUGUCAGCGGGGGACACCACAAGUUGGCGGGGACGCCUGAGCAAUAGUGUUCGGGCCAGCCCUUUGAUUCAUAAUACAGCAUGUUCAAAACGCA